CAUGAUCCUUGCACGCCGCUCAGAGCGCAGGAUAAGCCGGCCUCUGCGGCGCCGUGGCGAGCGGUUCUAAGCACACGGCUUAGAGGAGGAGAAUGUGGCCGGCAGUUGUGUGACGACGAUUUGUACAAACACGAGGACGGGGACUAGUCGAGCUUGUCUGCGUCAAAUGUCUCGACCCUCCACUGGAUGGUGUUGAUGAUGAUGAUGAUGAUGAUGAUGAUGCCAUCGGUGCCUCUUAUUUGACUUUUUUUUUUUUUUUUUUGGUUAACCGACAUGAACUCGCUGUUCUUCUCCGAUGCUACACCCGCUCCGCCGGGCACCAGCGCCCUGCGGAACGACCUGGGCUCCAACAUCCACGUCCUCAAGACGCUCAACCUGCGCUUCCGCUGCUUCCUGGCCAAGGUCCACGAACUGGAGCGGCGGAACCGGCUGCUGGAGAGCCAGCUGCAGCAAGCUGUGCAGAGGCCGCACUACCGCGGGCCGUACGGUCGCGAUGUGGCGGUGCAGACGGACGGCGGGGGGGCCGAGUCCAGGCUGCCCGGAACCAUCUGGUCCUUCACCCACGUGCGCAGACAAGGGGAGCGCCUGGAGACGCUGUGCGGGCCCGGCGUGUCGUGGACGCACCCGGACGGGGUCGGCGUGCAGAUAGACACCAUCACGCCGGAGCUGAGGGCGCUCUACAACGUGCUGGCCAAAGUGAAGCGGGAGAGGGACGAGUACAAGAGGAGAUGGGAGGAGGAGCUGUCCAAACGCGAGCAUCUGGAGUCUGCGGUGGAAUCCCUGCACCAGCGUGCCAAAGAAUCAUCAGAGAUUCAAGAUGACCUGAACGACAAGGUGGAGCGACUAAAGGCGGAACUUGUGGUUUUCAAGAGCCUCAUGAGCGAUCAAAUGUCUGACCUGGACUCCAAGAUUCAGGAGAAAGCCCGGCGGGUGGACAUGGACAUCUGUAGACGCAUCGACAUCACGGCUAAGCUGUGUGACGUGGCGCAGCAGCGCAACUCAGAGGACAUGUCUAAGAUGUUCAACGCCAGCACGGCCAGGUCACUUCCAGAUAGGCAGGGUGCCUCUGCGGCCUGCAAAAGGAAAGAGCGCAAGGCGGUGUCCGACGAGGAGGUUUCUGAGAUGGACGCAGAGCCCAGCCCUCUGGAGGAGGACACGCUCAACAUCACGGAUGAGAUGAAGCGCAUGCUAAACCAGUUACACUGUUCAGAUAACGCCUCUGUUGCCAGGCGCGAGACGUUUGACCUGGACGAUGACUGCGACAGUCUGACGUGGGAAGAGAACGAGGAGACGCUGCUGUUGUGGGAGGACUUCGCCAACUACAACGUGCCGUGCGGAAUCUUGACGACCGCGGCGGCGGUACCGCCCUGCACCAACGCACUCCCGGGCGACGGGGGCGGCGAAGGCACGGAACCAGACUCCCAGGACAGAAGUCUCGGCAGCCUCAUUGACGAGACAGAGUCGCUCUUUAAGAACAGAGAGAAGGAGUACCAGAAGACCAUCGGCCAGAUCGAGAUGGAGCUGGCCACAGCUAAGAGCGACAUGAACAGACACCUGCACGAGUACAUGGAGAUGUGCAGCAUGAAGAGAGGCCUGGAUGUGCAGAUGGAGACGUGCCGGCGCAUGAUCAAAGGCGGCAGGAGCUCGCCGUCGUUCAGCUCCGCUGCCAGCAGCGACUCAGGGAACACCGACGAGAUCCAGGGCGAGAUCUCGGACAAGGACGCGGACCCCGAAGUCCCUGUUAGUUGAUGACCGCCCGGAGACGCUGGUGUGUGUGACAGUAACCUAAAAAAGGAAAAAAAUGCUCACUGAGGAUCACAAUGUUGGUGCUUUUAUAACUAUUUUGUUUAGUCGAUGGUGAGGCUUGUCACUAAGAGAAAGGGCUUCUCUUUUCCAUUCUGGAUAUUUACUCGGCUACAGAUAGUUUUGGAGGUCUGCGCUCUAUGGAAUAGCUUUCAAAUGACCUGCACUGGGAGGUCGCUGUUUGUUAGUUUGUCAUUUUACCAGGAUUACACCAAAUACCGACCAUACUGGCAUCCUUUUGCAUUGAAUAAGAAAAGCAAACAUAAAUAGAAUGAAAUAAAACUACGCACCCUUUGAAGAGGCCUGACGGUGACGUAAGGGAGAGGCAAAAGGAAAGUAAUGUUUUUGUGGCGUUAAUCCUUUAGAUGGGACAGCAUGGUGAACCAGUGGUGAGCACGUCUGCCUGAGGUCCUUGGUUUGAAUUUCAGUUCAGGACCUCCUGUGUAGACUCUGUAGAGUUAAGAAUUCAUAGAGCUCAGCUCGGAUAGGCGACAGCUCAACCCCAAUCUGCAACUCCAAUAAGGAAACAUGCAUGGAUGAAUAGAUAACAAAAGUAAAAAAAAAUAAAAAAGUAAAACUACUCACUCUUGGAAAAGGCCAGACUGACACAAACUGAGAGGAAACAGGAGGAUGUCUUCUGUUACCUCGUGGCAUUUUUGUAGGUAAACUGGAAUUUGUAUGCGUCAUUUGUGGAAUCAAUCCUUUAGAUUGUCACUGAGCUAAACUCAUAAGAUUUGUUGACACCUCACGUCGCACUCCAAAUUGUAUGACUUUUGGGACGUUCGACUGUAAAGGUAACUGUUUUUCCAUUGCUAAUGCCGCGAUUUUACCGUCAAAACGGGACUUAGCAACCGCUACCAUUUUGUAUCUUAAAACAGGGAGUGAGAUUUGUAGUACGGAAGUGUUUUGGCAACAAGUCUGAUUGCCCGAGAAGGCGGAAAUCGGCUAAACGAGUUGGGCGCCGUUUGUAACCUUGAAACAUUAUUUCAGGACUGUUGUCUGAAAAAUGUUUUUGAAAUUUGUAGACUCAAAUCAACUCCAGUCAAUGUUUUGCUGACUUAACCAAACAAUAACAACAACUUGAUACUCCGCUUGGAUUUGGGAGUUAAAGAGUCAGGACUUGGCUCGAGACACAUAUCUUUGAUAAUAAAUAAGACUAAUAACUAAUAAUAGACGUUACAGUCCACUUGCAUCGGAGGCCAAACAGAUUGAGCAGAUGCCACUGUUGACAGACAUGUUUAAGAUUGUCCGAUCCUGGUUUUUGAUUUGAAAGCGGGUAUAUUUUGAUGUCGAAGGGGGUUGUUGCCAGGAUGUUUUCUUGUUGAAGAGGAAAAAGAGCACAGCCUUUUUUUUUUUUUUUUUUUUUUUUUUAAAAGCAUCAGUGCAAAACUGAAGUUCUAUGCAAUGGAGCUGGCCUUGCAUAUAGACGAGCUUCCUUCUUUCUCUCCUAGAACCAAUACGAUUAGCCUUCUAACCAAAGCAGGUGUUUUUUCUACAGCGCAUAUGAUUUUCUCUGCACGUGACUUUCAGUAGCAUUUGAAACAUUAAAAUAAUAACAUUAACAUUUUUUUUCCAUAUUCAAGAGUAUCUGCCUUAUAUCCACAAGCAAACAGGAAGCACAUUAUUUGCAACCUGAUGUAAAAAGCCCUUCUCUAGCCUUGUGCAGCACACAGAUACAUGAUUCCAAAAGGAUGGAAACCUCCAUGUCACAAAUUCAGAAUACGAUCAAAACUAAACGAAGCCCUUGAACCUCUAAAGCAAAAACCAAAGGACAUACUUUGAGGUCCCUCCCAAAAUCCCCUUCACAUUCUUUCUUCUUAAGUUGUUUUGUGUAUAUUUUUGUUUUCAUGCAUUGCAACAUCAUGAUUUGUGCGUUCGGUACAUUGCAUACCCCAGAGGCCUUUUAGCUGCCAGUAAUACAGUGGACUCUCCAAAGUGGAACACAAUGUGUUCCCUGACUGGUUGACUUCCUCAUUGUUCUCAUCUCAAAACUCAAGCUGUUAUUCAAGUAUAAAAAUAAGUUAACCACUGUUUAAUAAAGCUGAAGUAAAGCAAAACUACUAAUCUUUUCAGCGUUUGUUUUCGACUCUUUAGGCGUGUAAUUGAAUUACAAAUUGUACAACUUUUGUGGUGUUCCACUUUGUUUAUCAGUGCUAACGCCGCUAAGUUUAGCGUCAAAGAUGAUAUGACGCAUGUAGGGCAGAUGUGACGUUUCCAUGGCCUUUUUGUAUUCUAAUGUAUGAACUGAAAUAACUUCCAAUUAAGCAGAAUGUUAAUGACAUACUUUUUUUCCAGCAUGUUUUUAUUGGGCAGAAAGGAAUUUUUUUUUUAAAGCAUAUUUUGAGAAACUUGUGCUGUUUUCAUCCAAAUGGCACCGAUGCUAGUCAUAGAUUUACAUGUUUUUUAUUAUAUUCGUUUACUUUUGUCAUACUUUGACAAGAAUGUAAAACUAAUGGAUAUAACUACCAUGGAUUAUGUUGAGACGAGUGAGCAUCACUCACAGUACAUCCGUUUACUCUACAUCAUAUACGAGUACAGUAAUACAUCUGCAGCAUUUAAAUUUUUUUAUGUUUAAUUAAAAACCAGCCUGCUUUGUAACAAGGCAAUUGAUUUAUGGAGUUUCACAAAGUUGUGCAACUGUGUUGCUGUUUAAAUGUUCAAAAGCAGGGAUGUGUGCUUAACAAUGUGCAAGUAUGUGAAUAUUUCAUACUAAAAAUGUGUUUUAUACUAGACUUUUUUAAAAUGGAUGUUGUGUGCUCAUCAGCUUGUUUUUAAUUAGUAUCUCCUUUUCAUGACCUGUGAUGCAGGAGGUGGUAAAAGGUGCCUUGGCCAUGAGAGCGAGCAUCAUGGUGUUCCUUUAAUUAGUUUUCAUCCUUUUUUUUUUUUUGCAUUUUUUUUUUUUAUUAUUCUUAAAAUAAGUAAUAACAUAUUCAUGUGGGGGUGGGACAAAAAUAAUGAAUGUAAUCAAUGUAUUGUUAAGAUGA